GGGGGAGGGGGCGUGGAGGCCUCGCUGCGGCGGUCCGGACGGUCGGUCCAGGUCCCCACCCGCCUCGGAGCCCUCGGGUCACCCUCGUUCGCCCAACGCCCGGGGCUGCGGGGAGCUGCGGGUGCUCGCUCUCCGAGGCCAGGCCGGCCCGGCCGGGGCGCUGCAGCGCGGGCCCGCCCCCUCCUCCGCAGCCUCUUCCCCGGCGGCCGGGCGUGCGUGCGCUCGCGGCCCAGAGGAGCCCCCGGGCGCCCGGCCGGACGCAGUUGAACGCGGGGGACGGGACGGUAGGAGAGGUGUGUCGACCGGACGGAGAUCCGAUUCUAAAGGAAGACUUCCAUUUAGUAAUUUGCGUAUAAUCAGUGCAAGUGAAAUUAAGGAAAAAUGGAUGUAGAAAACGAGCAGAUACUGAAUGUGAACCCCACUGACCCUGACAAUUUAAGUGACUCUCUCUUUUCUGGAGAUGAAGAAAAUGCUGGCACUGAGGAAAUAAAGAAUGAAAUAAAUGGAAAUUGGAUCUCCGCAUCUACUAUUAAUGAAGCUAGAAUUAAUGCUAAAGCAAAAAGACGACUGCGGAAAAAUUCAUCCCGGGACUCUGGCCGAGGCGAUUCAGUCAGUGAUAAUGGAAGUGAAGCAGUUAGAAGUGGAGUAGCUGUGCCCACCAGUCCAAAAGGAAGGUUGCUAGAUAGGCGGUCCAGAUCUGGGAAAGGAAGGGGGCUGCCAAAGAAAGGUGGUGCAGGAGGCAAGGGUGUCUGGGGCACACCUGGACAGGUAUAUGAUGUGGAGGAGGUGGAUGUGAAAGAUCCAAACUAUGAUGAUGACCAGGAGAACUGUGUUUAUGAGACUGUGGUUCUGCCCCUGGAUGAGACGGCGUUUGAGAAGACGUUAACACCCAUCAUACAGGAGUACUUUGAGCACGGAGAUACGAACGAAGUCGCAGAGAUGCUAAGGGAUUUAAACCUUGGGGAGAUGAAGAGUGGUGUGCCCGUGUUGGCAGUGUCCUUAGCCUUGGAGGGGAAAGCCAGUCACCGGGAGAUGACUUCCAAGCUGCUUUCUGACCUUUGCGGGACAGUGAUGAGCACAAAUGACGUGGAAAAGUCAUUUGACAAGUUGUUGAAGGAUCUCCCUGAGCUAGCCUUGGACACUCCGAGAGCACCACAGUUGGUGGGCCAGUUUAUUGCUAGAGCUGUUGGAGAUGGGAUCUUGUGUAACACCUACAUCGAUAGCUACAAAGGCACCGUGGACUGCGUCCAGGCCAGGGCUGCUUUGGACAAGGCUACUGUGCUCCUGAGUAUGUCUAAAGGUGGAAAGCGUAAGGAUAGUGUGUGGGGAUCCGGAGGAGGGCAGCAGCCUGUCAAUCACCUUGUUAAAGAGAUCGAUAUGCUGCUUAAAGAGUAUUUGCUCUCUGGAGAUAUGUCUGAAGCUGAGCACUGCCUUAAGGAACUGGAAGUACCGCAUUUUCACCACGAGCUGGUAUAUGAGGCCAUUGUAAUGGUUUUAGAGUCAACUGGAGAAAGUGCAUUCAAGAUGAUGUUAGAUUUAUUAAAAUCCUUGUGGAAGUCUUCUACUAUUACCAUAGACCAAAUGAAAAGAGGUUAUGAGAGAAUUUAUAAUGAAAUUCCGGAUAUUAAUCUGGAUGUCCCACACUCAUACUCUGUGCUUGAGAGAUUUGUGGAGGAAUGUUUUCAGGCUGGAAUCAUUUCCAAACAACUCCGAGAUCUUUGUCCAUCAAGGGGAAGAAAGCGUUUUGUAAGUGAAGGAGAUGGAGGUCGUCUUAAACCUGAGAGCUACUGAGCACAGCAACUCUUACAGUCAGUCUUAGGUGUUACCAAGAACAGAUCUCAAUUGUAAGAGUUGUCAGCACAGCUUUUCUUUUUUCUUUUUGUUUUUGUUAUUGUUUUUUUUUCUUUUUUUAAAGAAUUUGUUUUGGGUACAAGGCAUUUCUAAAAUUUUAUAAACUUACAUUUAAUGGGAAUUUUUGAAGGAAGUAUUUUCUUUUUUUUUCUUUUUUUUUCUUUGAGGGGAAAUUAAAGGAGGGACCGAAGAGUAACCACCUAUGUGUGGGGUGUUCUGAUAAGCUACUUUCUAAGUGCCAUGUUUAUGACCUAAUCAUUCCAAGUUUUGCAUUCAUGUACGACUGCCACUCCUUUCUUUCAAGGACAGUGUUUUUUGUAGUAAAAUCACUGGUUUAUACAAAGCUUUAGUUAGGGGUGAAGUAAAGCUGCUAAACCCCAUUUUGGCUGCUGCUGUGGAGAUGCUGUGCUUUGAGAGUAAACACACACACACACACACACACACACACGCACGCACGCAGACACGUACACAGACAUACACACACA